AUGGAUGCUUCACAAGCCUUUGCUUACCAGCAGAACAAAGGAACUCUUGUGCCAGGACAAUCCAUCUCCGUCAACAAAUAUACUGUCCAAGUUGAACGGUACCUUUCGCAAGGCGGAUUCGCCCAUGUUUAUUUGGUUCGAACGGCCACGCCAGUCUACAAUACAACACACCAUGUUCUGAAGAGGAUUGCCGUCGCUAAUGAGGCCAUGUUGACCGAUGUGAAGAAGGAAGUUGAUAUCAUGAGGUUGUUGAAAGGGCACCCCAACAUUGUCCAUCUCAUCGACGCUGCUUGGCACAGGAUGUCAAAUGGUCUCUAUGAAGUAUUUAUUCUCAUGGAAUUCUGCCCAGGUGGUGGUAUAAUUGACAUGAUGAAUCGACGGCUACGUGAAAGACUGACCGAAUCAGAGAUCCUUCAAAUAUUUGUUGACGUAUGCGAAGGUGUUGCUUACAUGCACAAUUCGCGUCCCCCGCUACUCCAUCGAGAUCUCAAAGUGGAGAAUAUUUUGCAGGCUUCACCUACCUCUUUUAAACUGUGUGAUUUUGGCUCAGCAACCACCGUAGCAACGAGGCCGCCCGCCAACAUGCAGGAAGUUCGAGCAUUGGAGGAAGAUUUGAAUCGACACACUACUCUUCAGUACAGAGCUCCUGAAAUGAUCGAUGCGCAUCUUCGACGGCCAAUUGACGAGAAGAGCGAUGUUUGGGCGCUGGGCGUUUUGCUAUACAAGUUGUGCUACUAUACUACUCCGUUUGAGGAACAUGGGCCACUCGCAAUUCUCAAUGUUCAAUAUCGCAUUCCCCCGUAUCCAGUUUAUUCGUCUCAAAUGAAUGCUUUGAUUGCAUCCAUGCUUCGCGAGCAUGGUACUCAGAGACCUUCAGUCUUUGAAUUACUUGUUCAAGUACACCGGCUUCGAGGCACUAAAUCCCAGUUCCAGUACAGCAUACCUCAACCUCAACCUCUUGCUCCUCGGAUUCAGCCACAACAAAAAUCACCCUCUCUUAAUCCUGUUCAUAGUACGAUUUCAUAUAGGCAAGACCCUGCCAUGACUGUUACUGUUAACGGUGCGAAUCCUAGUGUCUCUCCAGCUCCAUCAGUGCCAAGAAACGCAGGUGUUCAAGCGCGCGAUAAGGUUCUAGAAGCGAUCGCUCCGAUGAGACGGGGUCGGCCGGCUGUAUCCAAAGAGUCAUCUAGAUCGUCCUCUCCGACAAAGGCUACCGAAACUACGAAAGAGAAGAAUUGGUUGGAGGACGAGGAAAAGGCAUGGCAGGCAGUCACCGCUCAGUCUGCUCGCACGUCUAAACCUCAGAAAGACGUCUGGAGUGUCGGUUCAGAUUACGUUGGUCCGAAGGCUGGUCAACGAGGGUUUGGGGAUGAUUUUGGUGAACAAUUGUGGAAGUCAUCCAACUUAAACUCACAGGUCAUGAAGCCAACGGUUUCGCCCAGCCCAGGAUUGAAGGUUGCAGAAAGGCCCCCACUUUCCCACCGUAUCAGCGACCAGCCUCUGAAACCUGCUACCCGCAUCCAGGAGAAAGACGCAUUCGAUGGUUUAGGACUUUCUUCAAACAAUAAGCCUGCACCCACCCUUGCAGAAGCCAGGAAAUUGAGGACCGGUCUAGCUAUAUCGGUUAAUCAGUACUCCAAUGGAAAGUACGGGAAUAACUUUUUGGUGCCUAAACCCUCGCUGUCCCCUAAACCUUCGUAUACAUCACCGUCUCCUUCCGGACCCCAAACUUUAGGUAUUCCUGCCGCUCCUCUAAAGCAAGAUACCUCCGGCUCCUCAUGGAGCUCUCAGCCUCCUUCGUCCAGACCUGGCUCAUCCCAACCGCAAUCCCCAGAUGCGUUUGCUGCAGAAUAUAAAUUUCCUUCGUUGGAAGAGCUUGAUGCAUCAUUUGCUCCAGGACAUAAUCGUCAGCGUAGUAAAGAUUCUCUCAAGCCUGUUCCUCAUGUACCCAGCGAACCGAAACUGUCCAGCAAACUUCCCGUCGCAAAGCCUACAAACACAGCUGCUUCCAAUUUACCUCGCCCCAAUUCUUCCUCCCCAAUGGCUCUCAGAUCAGAUGGUGCCCGAACAGAGCAGAUCAGUAGCAUUGUUUUGCGGACCGGGGCCACCACCCCAGGUAUGGAUGCUUUGAAAGCUACGAAGACGCCUAGCUCUUCCAACAGCAUCUCGCGCGGGAAUUCAGUUCGCAAGCGUCACGGCUCCUCGGCCACCAAAACUUCCCAAGAUCGAAGUAAUGGACUGCAUAAUCCCAAGAUUUCCUCUUCUCAAAUGCCCGUUUCGUCAGAGGUUGCACCUCGACUACCUUCAAGGCCAUCACAGCGUGACUGGUUAACAGGAGAUGACAUAUCAGAAUUUUCAUCGCCAGCGACACGUACUGUCGAAACUCCCCAGCCUGUGUUACGUGAUUCUCCUAGCAAACGGGCUUCUUACAUAGAGAAGAGUCACAUCCCGAUUCAUCAAGCGGUUGCUGUAACUCCUGAGUCCCUACCACCAGAAUCCCCAUCUCGGCGGGCACAUCGCGUCUUCCCAGACUUGGAAACUGCCGCUGAGCCUGCACGUACCGAGCGCUUGACAGAGAAUUGGAGUCCUGUUACCCCUUCUGCACCCCAGCAACUCAAGGAAUCCUACACGUCGUCUAGUGCCGACGAAGGCCCUGAGGAUGUUACCCGUUCGAUAAAUGUGUCCCCAGAUACUAAGAAGCGUAGAAAGGGUCGGCAGAGCUCUGUACACGACCUUGUUGAUCUCUGGGGAGGAGGGGGAGGAGGAGGGGAUAGGGUCAGCCCCGAAAAGAAGCGGGAGACUCGAAAGGACUCGGCCCGUGCCACGGUAACGCCUUUACCCAAAUCGGAGGGUUUGUCCAAACAUCGUUCGUUAGCCACCCCUGUCAUUCCAACUACUCCACAUCAGAGAUCUAUCUCGCCACAGCUAGUCUCAUCUCCUAGUCCAAGCCGACCAGCAGGAAAUUUGAUUGGUCAACAAAGUAAUGUUACAAACCCACCACCAGUCAAGAGUAAUAUCACCAGUCCGGCUUCUUCGUCGCGUUCCCGGCCACAGUCAAUGUUCAUAUUCCCUUCGAAAUCUACAGAUGGGUAUGCUCCACCUUCUGCUGGAUUGACCCCUCCCGAAGUUCCUCAAACGAGGACCGCUCGCAGGACAUCGAUCUCUGACAUGGUACAACGUUUCGAGGCUAUCGACGCUGUUGCUAAGACUGGCAUACCAACAGCCUCUUCCAGAAUCGUUUCACAGAAAGUGCCUGUCCCUGUUACUGAGAAUAAGUCUUCUUCGCAGGCUUCUGCUCUUUCGCAACGAGAUGGACCUAUUAACCCUCCUUCAACGGAUACGGAUGAUACACAUUUUCCUUCGAAGAAUCGCCCUACAUCUAGAGCAACGCCUCGUCCAUCGCCCAACAAGCGCUAUACAACGUCGAACGAACCCCCGGAGCUGGCAACUCCUCGCGCACAUCGGAUAUCAACAAAAGCAGACGCCCAAAUACCUUUUCCCCAAAAACGAAAACCUACGUUAGCACCUGAUGAACCCGCUCGGUCCGGUGACAUAAGAUCUCCCUCUCCAGAGCGGCCUUACCAGGGUGUUGGCAAGUUGAUUGACCAAUGGCAGCGUAAGACUGCUGUAGAGUCGGAAGCAACUAGAACACCAACUUCUAAGCGAGGCGGGCUUGUAGCCAAACAGGCUGCUUUAGUCAACGGUGGAAACUGA